UGACCUUCCAUGCAUUACAUUAACAUAAGAAACCAUAGUUUUCAUCUAUAUUCUCGUCACAGUUUUGAGUAACGACUGAAACAAUGAAGUUGCUAGAUUGGAUGCACCGCAAGUUUCGUAAUGGUGAGCCACUAAAAGAAAUUUCUACAGGGAACCCAUGCAUUUGUCUUAUGGGGCAACCAUCACUUGAUGACUUUGAAUACUAUCCUAAAUCAAACUAUCAUGCCAAACCAUCAAACAAAUCACGAGAAACCCAGCUACGGAAAUCAUUUGCAUGUCUAGAGGGAGUAAGAGCAGAGGAAGAUCAUACGGAAGAUGAAUCAUCUGCUGCUCUUAGUGAACUCUUUCAUGGAUUUUUAGCAAUCGGGACACUUGGCAUGGAUCCAGUUACUAGUGAUCCAGGAACACCAACUUUUUCCACCUCAGUUGAGUACAUAAUGGAAAAAGAAACUGAAGCAACAGAAAAUGAGCUGCAAUUCAUCAAUGAUGAGUUAGAAAAGGUACUCACUGGUGAGGGAAAAGAAGAUGAUUCAUCUGCGAGAAACAGUUACGUUAGCAAUGGAAGAAGCAGCCAUGGUAGUACUAUUACACUCAGUGGGAAGCCUCUGGAAGCUGCAGAUAGUGAAAACGGGUCUGUUGCCUGUCCGCUGCAGGGCUAUCUGUUUGGUUCGGCAGUUGGACUCCCAGAGACAACAACAGGAAAGAAAGAACAUAGAACAUCACUAGGGGAGUUGUUUCAGAAAACCAAACUGGCAGACGAAAACACUGGAAAUAAGUGUAACAAGUUAGAAAAACAAAAAGAUAAGGAAACCGAAAAGUCUGCUGUCCACUUGAUGAAAAAGAUACUGAAAGGAAGAAAAGCAUCCGGUGGAACUGGAAGCAUGGAUACUGCUUCAGCUGAUAAGAAACUGAACAAGAUCCUACAUAUGUUCCACAGGAAAGUUCAUCCUGAAAGAACAACAAAAUCUCAAAAUCAGUCUAAAAAUAUGAUGAAUGCCACCUCUGUCAACGAGGAGGUUUAUAAAAAGGGAAACCAGAUGAUGUCGGGGGAAGAUAUCACUAUUAUUCCUGAGAGAGAUAUGUCUAAAAAGAUUGCAACCUAUAAGAAAAGCAACAUAUGUGGUGCCAAUGAUUCAAAUGAGAACAGAGAAUGCUGGAUCAAAUCCGAUGCAGACUACCUGGUGCUGGAAUUGUAGAAGACGAACAAAGCAGUAGAGGAUCUUGCAGUUGGUUAAAGAGUCUGCCUUGAAAAAAAGUUGUCAAUAUGAUCAUCUUCUACAGUCAAACAAGAUAAAAAAGUGUUUGAGUGAUAUAUGUAUAAUAGCAAAGCUUGUACGUGAUAAUAAGACAAUGCCCCUUUAUUUUUAAGCAUGAAGUUCUGUAAUCAUGAUGAUAUAUUGUAUGGAACCUUAAAAGGAUAUUAUUAUAUAUUCAUUCAAGAAUGAAGUUGAAGUA